AUGAGAGAUCUGCUUGUUGAAAAAGGUCCUAUUAGAGAAACCAAUAUUGUUUUUCCUAAGGAUAAUCUAAAUAGGGUGUUCUCUUUGGAUUAUUUUUCUCAAAAGAUGAGUAAUGGUGAACUUUCCGAUAGAAAAUGGUUGGUUUACUCAAAAGAUUUGGAUAAAAUAUUUUGUUUUUGUUGUAAAGUUGUAAGAAAAGCUCAUUCUAGGAGUCAAUUAGCAAAUGAAGGAAUUAAUGAUUGGAAACAUUUGGGGGAUAAGCUUAAACAACAUGAAAAGAGUCGUGAACACCUCUCUAACCUUAGAGCUUGGAAUGAGCUACGAGUGAGAUUGAGCACAAAUCAAACAAUUGAUAAAGAAUUACAAGAGCAAAUCAAGAAAGAUACAGAGCAUUGGAAAGAAGUCAUGGUUAGGGUAAUUAGUGUUAUUAAACGUCUUGCUAUGAAUAAUAUAGCCUUUCGUGGAACAAAUGAAAAAAUCUAUGAGGAUUCAAAUGGAAAUUUCUUAGGCUUUCUUGAAUCAAUAGGAGAGUUUGAUCCAAUAAUGAAGCAUCAUUUUCGACUCAUUCAAAAUAAAAAUAUUCAUUAUCAUUAUCUUAGUCAUAAAAUACAAAAUGAAUUGAUAGCUAUGUUGGCAUCAAGUGUCAAGAGUGCGAUUAUAAAGAAGAUUAAAGAGGCUAAAUAUUUUUCUGUGAUUCUUGAUUGCACCCCUGAUGCUAGUCACAAAGAGCAAAUGACUUUGAUAAUAAGAUGUGUAGAUGUUGCAAGUUGCCCGAUAAAAGUAGAAGAGUAUUUUUUGGAGUUUUUAAAUGUGGAAGAUACAUCGGGUUUCGGUCUUUUUAAUGAACUACAAGCUGCUCUAAGCUCUCUUGAUUUAGAUAUUGAUGAUGUGAGGGGACAAGGUUAUGAUAAUGGUUCCAAUAUGAGAGGAAAACACCAAGGUGUUCAGAAAAGGUUACUUGACAUAAAUCCUAGAGCUUUUUAUAUGCCAUGCGGUUGUCACUCUCUUAAUUUAGUACUUUGUGAUAUGGCAAACUCUUGUCUGAAAGGAAAAUCAUUUUUUGGAGCAUGUCAGGCCAUUUACAAUGUGUUUGCUAAUUCAACAAAGCGAUGGAACCUUUUACUUGAAUAUGUAGAUGAAUUAACUUUGAAAUCUUUGUCGGCUACAUGGUGGGAAAGUCGUAUUGAAAGUGUGAAAGCAAUAAAAAGUCAAUUUCCCAAAAUAAAAGAAGCAUUAAUCAAACUUGCUAAAGUUGGUGAUGCAUAUGAUAAUCAUUUGAGUUGGGAAGUUGGGAAAUUAUUAGAUGGUGAAUUUUCAAGUUUUGAUUUCAUUUUAAGUUUGGUUAUAUGGCGUGAUAUUUUGCACAAAAUAAACAUGGUAAGCAAAAAUUUGCAGGCUGGAGAUAUGAUUCUUGAUGUUGCUAUUAAAAGUUUAAAAGGGUUGAUUUCAUUUUUUGAAAAAUAUAGAGAAGAUGGAUUUAAUUCUGCUAUAAUUGAUGCUAAAGAAAUUGCAAAUGAAAUGGGAAUUGAGUCUGUAUUUCCUGUGAAGCGUAGGGUUAUAAGAAAGAGACAUUUGGAUGAGAUUCCUGAUACAGAUAGAGAACAACAAUCAGCUCAAGAAGAUUUUAGAACUGAUUACUUUCUUGUCUUAGUUGAUAUAGCUCUUUCUCAAUUGAAGAGUAGAUUUGAACAAAUGGAAAGUUUUGAAUAUGUAUUUGGCUUCUUAUUUGAUGCAUCACGGUUGGUUUCAUUAGAUGAUGAAGAACUGAAAAAUUGUUGUUUGAAACUUGAACUUGCUUUGAAACAUGGUGAGGUGUCUGAUAUUGAUGCAAAAUAUUUGCUUUCUGAGUUACAAAUAUUGCAGGAAAUGCUACCAAAUGAAGCAUAUGAAACAGGAAAACCAUGGAAUUCCAUUAAAAUUAUGGAGUUUGCAAAAAAAAAUGGAUAUGUUUCCAAAUAUUUUGGUUGCUUAUAG